AUGGUGAAGUUCGACUUUUCCCCUGAGAGGGAUGUCCCAAGCCUCGCUGGAAAGGUUAUUCUCAUUACUGGAGGUGAGGCUCUUUCCCUUGCCCUUGCUCUUGCUCUUGCAUACGACACAACUGACAUCUUCCUUGCCUCAGGUACUGCCGGAAUUGGAGCUGAGACUAUCUUGCAACUUGCGCCGCAUAAUCCUACUCACAUCUACUUCACUGGACGUAAUGCAAAGGCCGCUGCAGCAGUUGAAGAGAAGGUCAAAGAGGUUGCGCCAGAUGCAAAGCUUACUUUUUUGAGCUGCGACCUAGCGUCCCUCUCGCACGUCAAGGCCGCAACUGACGAAUUCCUGGAAAUCAACAAAGAAGGGCGUCUCGACAUUCUGAUCUGCAACGCUGGGAUCAUGGCUCUGCCACCAGCACUGACCAAGGAUGGCUAUGAGAUUCAAUUUGGGACCAACCACCUCGGCCACGCCUUAAUUAUCAAGAAACUCCUCCCUAGUCUACUAAAGACUGACGGAGCUCGCCUCAUCAACCUCACCUCCCUAGGUUUUAUACUUCACCCAAAAGGCGGAAUCAUCUUCAAGGACUUGAAGACUACGCAGGAUACGGGCUUCAUGGGCUCAUGGACUCGCUAUGCUCAGAGCAAGCUUGCCAACAUCGUAAGCAGCUUUUUGGCCAGGGUCAUCAAACUUUCAUACAACAUCGAUGCUAACACUUUUAUCUUGAAGGUCUAUACUCGUGAGCUCGCUCGCCGAUAUCCUGCCAUCACCACCGUCGCUAUUCAUCCCGGAAUCACGACCGGUGGCUAUCUGACCGCAGCACAAGGAGCAUACAAUGAGGUCUGGGCUGCUACGGCCGAUGCAGCUAAGGUUAAGAGUGGCGAGAUGUAUGAGCCUGUUGGAGUUCUGACCAAGCAGCUCAACAAUGAUGCUAAGAGCGAUGAGCUGGCUGAGAAGCUUUGGACUUGGACGGAGGAGCAACUAGAAGCCUUUUAA